AUGGCUUCUAGAUCUCCAACUGCUGCUACUCCGCUCCCCAAGUCCUCGGUCGCGCCCGAGAGUCCUUCCAAGGAGGCGAACACUCUGGCACCACCCCAGACCGUCCCCUUCCCUCCACCACAGACAUUUGAGAUACUCCCACAACUCCAUGGGAUUCUUCUUCGCUUGCUUUCACAGAAGCCUGUUGGAAAUGUCGCUGUAGGGGCCCCUGCUGAGGGUACAGAAGUUCCCGGUUCAUCCACAGAGGCUCGUCCAGAUGGCCAACAACUGCCGUCAAACAUCCCCGGCGGCGAGGCCAAUGACCCUACAGCUUCUCAAGCUGCAGCUGGUGCCAUCGAUCCAAAUGCCCCUCCGCCACUCGACGUCAAAGAUCUCCCCACCGAAACCCACUCGGUCAAAAUUCGAAUCCAGAAGGCACGGGCCGUGGUAGAAGGACUCCCAGAUGUGCAACGAUCUGUCGAGGAGCAAGAAGACGAAAUAUCUGAGCUUGAGGACCGUGUGGCCCGUUUACGUUCUGUGAUUUCAGACUUUGGGACCCGAGCAGGGCAGGACCCGCUGGAUCAUCCCAGAGUGACAGUGACUUGA